AUGAAGCAGAGAUUCUCGUCUUUGGACGUUAAGGUCAUCUCGCAGGAGCUGGCGUCGGAGUGCGUCAACCUCCGUGUGUCCAAUAUUUACGAUCUUUCUUCGCGAAUUUUCCUUUUCAAACUAGCAAAACCGGACCAUCGCCGGCAACUCAUUGUUGACUCCGGCUUUCGCACUCAUGUCACUCAAUACUCACGAACUGCCGCAACCACACCUUCGCCCUUUGUGACACGUCUCCGAAAGUACUUGAAGUCCCGUCGGAUUACAGGAAUCUCCCAAAUUGGAACGGAUCGCAUCAUCGACAUCUCUUUCAGCGAUGGCGCAUAUCACAUUUUUCUCGAGUUUUUCGCCGGCGGUAAUAUCAUCUUGACAGACCGCGAUUACAACAUUAUUGCUUUGUUCCGGCAGGUUGCCCCUGGCGAGGGACAAGAGGAGAUUAAGGUCGGAUUGCAAUACAUCGUAUCAAACAAACAAAACUAUGAUGGAAUUCCGGAUAUUACAGCAGAACGAGUGAAGCAGACACUAGAGAAAGCACAGGCACUCUUUGCGCACGAGGGCCCUGCAUCCAAGAAAUCUAAGAAAAAGAGUGCGGAUGUUUUGCGGAAGGCCUUGUCGCAGGGCUUUCCUGAAUAUCCUCCUUUGCUACUCGAUCAUGUCUUUGCGGUCAAGAAUUUUGAUACCACCAUCGCACUGAAUCAAGUUUUGGAAAGCCAGGACCUAUUGCGACAGGUGCAAGAUGUGUUGGAAGAGUCGCAGCGUAUCUCCAACGGAUUUGAUACUGGGGACAGCCAUCCAGGCUACAUUGUCGCGAAGGAAGAUACCCGCCCCGUUCCCGAGGAAGAAGGUUCAUCCAAAGGCCCAGGUCUACUGUACGAAGACUUCCAUCCCUUCAAGCCUCGACAGUUUGAAGGUAAACCGGGAGUGAAAAUUCUUGAGUUUGAGCGCUUCAAUGCCACAGUCGAUGAGUACUUCUCCUCGCUAGAAUCGCAGCGUCUCGAAUCGCGUUUGACCGAACGAGAGCAAGCAGCCAAGAAGAAGCUCGAAUCCGUUCGAGAAGAACACAAAAAGCGGAUUGAUGCCCUCAAGGAUGCGCAAGAGCUUCACAUUCGCAAAGGUGAAGCAAUCCAAGACAACGUGUAUCGAGUCCAAGAGGCAAUGGAUGCUGUCAAUGGGUUGGUCGCUCAGGGAAUGGACUGGGGCGAGAUUGCACGCCUGAUCGAGAUGGAGCAAAGUCGGGGAAACCAAGUAGCGCAGAUUAUCAAGUUACCUCUGAAGCUGUAUGAGAACACAAUUACUCUCCUCCUUGGAGAGGCAGGCGAUGACGAAGAUGACGACGAGGAGUUUUCCAGCAGUGAUGAAUCAGACUCGGACUCAGACAACAAUGAACAAGAGCAGACAGGGCGUGCGGAGCGAGAGUCUAAGCUACUGACCAUCGACAUCGACCUUGGGCUGAGUCCAUGGGCAAACGCGUCGCAAUACUACGACCAGAAGAAACAAGCCUCAGAGAAGGAGCAGAGAACCACCCAGUCAUCUGCAAAGGCACUGAAGAGCCACGAGAAAAAGGUUACGACCGACCUUAAGAAAGGCCUGAAGAAGGAGAAGCAAGUCCUGCGACAAUCCAGGACGCCAUUCUGGUUCGAGAAAUUCAUUUUUUUCAUCUCUUCAGAAGGUUACUUGGUUAUCGGUGCACGGGAUUCCAUGCAGAGCGAACUGCUCUACCGUCGUUACCUGACCAAGGGAGAUGUUUUCGUCCAUGCUGACCUAGAAGGUGCAACACCAAUCGUGGUGAAGAAUCGGGCCGGGAAUACAGAUGCGCCAAUCUCUCCAAGUACACUCUCCCAGGCCGGCAACCUUUGCGUCGCGACAUCUUCUGCUUGGGAUUCAAAGGCUGUUAUGUCCGCUUGGUGGGCGCAUGCUCACCAGGUAUCGAAGAUUGCAGAUAACGGUAGUGGCAUUUUGCCGACAGGUGUCUUCCAAAUUAAAGGAGAGAAAAACUUCUUGGCUCCCUCACAACUGGUCCUUGGAUUUGCCAUCAUGUUCCAAAUCAGCCUGGAAAGCGUCCGAAACCACAAGCAGCGAUUCGACACAUCCGAUAUUCCAGAAUCUGCUAUCACUCCUGGCGAUCAGCCUGAACUUCCUAAAUUGACUGACUCAUCUUCUGUGGAAAUUCCUGCAAAGCAGACAGAGCCUGUUGAACAGGCCAAUUGCGAUGCCAUUUCAGAUGAGAAAGAAGAAGCAGAUAAGGAGGGAGAGGCAUCCGAAGACGAGGAAGACGAAGAUAACAACGCUGCAGCAGGAAACCCCCUUCAACGGGGUGAUUCCGAGCUACCGGCUACCCAGCAAUCGCACGAAUCUGAGCCUGAGUCUGAGUCGGAGGAUGAAGAGGAGCAAGAAGUCGCAGAGACACAGCUUGAAGGCGAACCAAAGUCACCGUCAACUCCAGGUCAGCCUGCUGUCUCUGAGCAACCAGAGGAGCCAAAACUCUCUGCUCGUGAGAGACGUACUUUGCGACAGGGCAAACCGCUUGAUCGUCCCGAAGAACCAGCCGCGCCACGCAUUGCCCCCACUCGGGGUAAACGGGCGAAGGACAAGCGUGCCGCUGCUAAGUACGCUCAUCAAGAUGACGACGAACGUGAACUCGCCCUUCGGCUGAUUGGUGCCAACAAAGGCAAAGUCGCCAAGGCAGAAAAAGCGGCCGAAGCCAAGGAACAGCGCGAGCGAGACGCCGAGGCACAACGGCAACGCCGGCGAGCCCAGCAUGAGCGCGCAGCCGAAGCUGAGCGCAAACGCCAAGCCCAAUUCACGGAGAAUGGUGCAGACGAUUACAAUGAGGAGACCGCUGCCGCGGAAGCUGCGGAUCUUACUUGGAUCCCAGCUUUGGUCGGUACGCCGACUGUAGAUGAUGAAGUUAUUGCUGCCAUUCCAGUAUGUGCCCCAUGGGCUGCACUUGGACGCUACAAAUACAAGGUCAAGUUGCAGCCAGGUGCUGUGAAAAAAGGAAAGGCUGUCAAGGAGAUUGUUGGCCGGUGGGUGUCUGAAACCACCACUGGCAAGGUCAAGAAAGAGCAUGCCGAAGAAGUUGGAAUCCCUCGUGCCGAUGCGGAGCGUCUCCGGGAACGUGAAGGCGAGCUCAUCAAGGGAUGGAAGGAUACAGAGAUUAUCAACACAAUGGUUGUUGGUAAGGUGCGCAUCAUGACUGCAGGAGCUGGAAGCGGAGGAGGAGGUGGUGGUGAUAAGGGCAAGGGCAAAGGUGGAAAGGGCGGUGGCGGUAGUGGAAAAGGAGGGUCUAAAGGUAAGAAGAAAUGA